AUGGAAUCAGGAAAUCAAACACAUGCUUUGGAAUUUCUCCUCUUGGGAUUUUCUGCAAAGUCAGAGAUUCAGUUCAUUCUCUUUGGGCUGUUCCUGUCCAUGUACCUGGUGACAUUCACUGGGAACCUACUCAUCAUCCUGGCCAUCAUCUCAGACUCCCACCUCCACACCCCCAUGUACUUCUUCCUCUCCAACCUGUCCUUUGCUGACAUCUGUUUCACUUCCACCACCAUCCCAAAGAUGCUGCUGAACCUCCGGACACAGAGCAAAGUCAUAACAUAUAAAGCCUGUCUCAGCCAGAUAUUUUUCUUCAUUGUGUUUGGAUGCCUGGGCAAUUUACUGCUGACCGUGAUGGCCUAUGACCGCUUUGUGGCCAUCUGUCACCCCCUGCACUACACUGUCAUCAUGAACCCCUGCCUCUGUGGACUGCUAGCCCUGGGAUCCUGGUGCCUCAGUGUCAUGGGCUCCUUGAUUGAGACCUUGCCCAUUUUGAGGCUAUCCUUCUGCACAAAUCUGGAAAUCCCACACUUUUUUUGUGAUCUUCCUGAAGUCCUGAAACUCUCCUGUUCUGACACUCUCACCAAUAACAUAGUGGUAUACUUUGCAACUGGCCUUCUGGCCGUGAUUCCUUUCAAUGGAAUACUUUUCUCUUACCAUCAGAUUGUUUCCUCCAUACUGAGGAUUUCUUCAGCUGGGGGCAAGUUCAAAGCUUUUUCCACCUGUGGGUCUCACCUCUCAGUGGUUUCCUUGUUCUACGGCACAGGCCUUGGGGUCUACCUCAGUUCUGCAGCCACUUCAUCCUCUAAGACAAGUCUAGUGGCCUCGGUGAUGUACACCAUGGUCACCCCCAUGCUGAACCCCUUCAUCUACAGUCUGAGGAACAGGGACAUGAAGGGGGCCCUGGGGAGACUCCUCAGCAGGGCAGCAUCUCUCAGUGACAGGGCUGUUGCAGGCCUCUCAUAA